CACCACGAGUAGUAGAAAGAAACAAAUCCGACUUUUUUUGUUGCACAUGCAAAAAUAAUUAAGUGUUUUUGUGGGUAGCGCUAAUAAUUUAUCUACUGCAUUUUCAUACUUGUGCGUGUGCGGGUGGCGCAAGCAGGCAGCAAACAGUUCGUUGUUAAUUCCGAGUACAAAAAAAAACUGUGCAGUGUGUAACAAAAGUUGCUUGCAGAAUUCGUCGUGUCAUUAAAAAAAGCAAAAAAAAAAGUAGAAUUGAAAAAGAAGAGUGCUGCGGCAAGUGAAACACGACUCAUUUUUCCAUUUAGAUUGGCAGCAGCCGCCCGACGCACUGUCGCGAGGCCGCCCGCACGCAUAAAAAAAAGAAAAACAUGUUAGAUUGGAUGCAGCCCAACUGAUUCAUCUAUUUUAUUUUUGUUGGCGAACUUAUUAAAGUUGUAGAAGACACUUCAAUGUUUGGCGUUCGCUGUAGUGUAUCCUGAGAUUCGUCCAGAAACGCCAACGUGCCGCAAUCGUAUUGCAUCGUCAGUCGUCAGCGUUGUCAACUGCGUUGCAAGUUGUUCCAAUUAUGGCGCAGCAAACGCAGCCGGUUGCCCAGCAGCAACAGCAACAGCAGCCGCCUCAGCAGCAGCAUCAACCGUUGCAGCAGCCGUCGCCAGCAGCGACGCCGGUGUCGACACCAACAACGCCACAGCCGCCGCCCCACAGCAGCAACAUCAACAACAACAAUGGCAACAACAUUGUGUCACCAACCAACAAUAACAACAACAACAACAGCGUACUCACUCCAGUACCCGUCUACAAUCAGCCUGUAUACAUGCCCACAGGUCAUGGCGGCCAUCAUCCGCACAUGUCCCAAGGAGCACCCGUGUUCCAUCCCACGGUGAUCCCGAGUCAUAUGCCCAACAGCGUUUAUGUAGGCAAUGUGACCGCUAAUGUGAAUCUUCACAACUGGCCGCACACGUAUGCGUAUCCAGCUGGCAGCGCAGCGCCGCCUCACUAUGCGACUGCGCAUGGUGACUUAUCGCAGGAACAGGGCAAUCCACUGAUGCAACCGCUGCCGCCCAUGUCGAUGCAUCAGGGUAAUCCCAACAGGCACAUGGGUGGCAUGGGCGGACGUGGACGCAUGCGCGAACGCGAUCGUGGCCAGCGUCGCAAUGAUUUUCACAGACCACGGCACAUGCAACAACAACAGCAGCAGCAACAGCAACAACUGCAGCCACAGCAGCAGCAAUUGCAACAGCCAGAUGGCUCGAGUCCAGCGCAGAAUGUGAUGCAAAUGCAGGCGGAUGUGAUGGGCCAACCACAGAUGGCACAGCCACCGCCACCAGAGGCACAGUUGCAACCCAUGUCGUACUACGCACCACCAGCGUAUCCUGCCUAUGGCGGCUACCAGGCUGCCUAUUUUGCGUCCCAUCAUGGCCCAAUACCGGCACAACCAAAUGCGGCUGCUGCCGCCGCAGCCGCUGCCGCUGCGCAACAGGCCACAGGACCGCCAGUGUAUAUACAACCGAUGCCACUUUACAAUUCGCCCAUGUACAAUUGGGGCGGAUAUGUGAUUCAGCAAAUGGUGCCGCCAUCCGAGUACGCGUCCUACAUCACCACCGAGGAUGGUGGCCAGGGCCAGGCUGGAGUUGUUGUCGACGAACGGCAGGCGGCACAAGAGAUGCCACAGCUGUGGCAUCCGGCGCCCAUGUAUCCGGAAGAGUAUGCGGAGGUGGCGCAUGUCAAUGGCGAUGAAUUGAAUCACAAUAGCUCAUCGCUGGCCUCCUCGGAAACGUCGAGCAUGCUGAGUCCGAACUAUUCCAUCUAUGAUGCGCAACAGAUGCACGAGAUGCAGCAGCAGAUGGGCGUCAUGCAGAUCUACGCCGAUGGCCAGCUGGCACCAUUGCAGGCAAUGCAUCCAGUUGCCGGUGUGCCACAGUACAAGGAGGAGAUUUGGAUGCAAGGCGAUGGGCAGCCGCAAGCAAUGCUUGUCCAAGCGGCACCUCCACAUCAUAUCAUUCAACAACAAACACAGCCAGCAGUUUGCAUCGAACAGCAGCCACCGCCACCGCCACAGCAACAGCAACAGCAGCAGCUGCCAACUCAUCCUCCACAAGCGGAGACGCCCACGCCCCAAGUGCAAAUACAGGCGCCACAGGAGCCGCAAUUGGUUGAUAAAACGCUGGUGGCCAACAACAACAAUAAUAACAACAACAAAAAGGGCAGCGAGGCGGCUUUGGAUGAGACUUUGAUUGCCAGCAACGAGAAGCAGCAGCAAUUCGAGCUGGAAUAUCAGCAACAACAGCAACAGCAGCAACAACAACAGCAGCAACAGCAACCACAGCAACUGAUUGAAAAACAACAAACGACUAAUUUGGCGGUCUCUGUUGCCACUGUUGCACCCCAAUUACAGCAGCAACAACAACAGACGGCAGCAGCACCAGCAACUCAGCAGCAUCAGCAGCAACAAACUUCGCCAGUUGGGCUGCAGCCACAGCAACAACAACAACAGCAGCAACCACAGCAGCAGCAGCAGGUGCAGCCCAGCUACCAUGAGCAGCAUGCUCCACAGCAGCAACAUGCCCAGCAGCAGCCACAACAACAGCAGCAGCAACCACAACCACAACAGCAACCACAGCAACAGCGCAAGCCACCGCAGCAGCAAUACAACAACAAUGCACAACAAGUGCGCCGCAAAUAUUCAUCAGAGUACAACCAUCAGCAGCAUCAUCAUCACCAUCACCAGGGCAGCAACGACUCCGCCAAUCAGACCACCAAAACCAUGUCGUGGACCAACUCUUCGCAACACAAGAAGUCCACACAGUCGGUGGCGGUGACAGCAUCGCCAAACACUGUCAAUAACGGCGGUGCUGCAUUGGCUGCCACAGCCACGGCUGCCACAGCAACUGCACCACCAAGUGGUGCCACCAACAACAUCAGCAACAGCAGCUUUAAUAAGCAGUCCAGCAGUGGCUCCUCCUCGAGUGGUGGCGGUGCCUACAGUCACCCGACCAAGACUUAUACCAAUCAACAGCACUACCAGCAACAGCAGCACUACCAAACCAGUUACAACAACAGCAGCAGCAGUGGCAGCAACAGCAGCAGCAGCAACAACAACAACGGCAGCAAUCAGCCACAAAUGCGCACAUAUGGCACCAUGAAGGUGCCCUCAUCGCCAGUGGCCAGCACAGCGCCACCGCUGGAGCGCAAAAUUAGUGGACAGCAGCAACAUCAGAGCAACAGCAACAGCAAUGCAGCAACAACAACAACAACUACCUCAACGGCAAGCAUUACAGCAGCGCCGCAUCAGUUUCAACAACAGACGUCCAUUGACAGCAACCAGUCCAAUAGCACAAACAAUGCCACAGUGCUGCCCCAACAGCAGCAGCAGCAAUCGCAACAACCAGCACAGCAGCAGCCACAACAACAACAGCACCAUCAGCAACACCAGCAACAACAACAUGCUGCCUCAGCUGGUGGCAAAUCCUUUGUGAGCAAAACAAAGUUUGUCUCACACAAUUUCAGCAGCGAGACAACAACAACAAGCACAACAACGUUCAGUGCAGCAGCAUCACAGCAGCAGCCAGCACAGCCAGCGCUCAAUUUGGCGCCACCAGUGCCGCCCGCAUCGCAGAGCAGCAGCAGCGGGGACAGCGUGCAAAAAUCAUGGGCCAGCCUCUUCAGCUCGAAGCCAGUGGCCAAAGUGGCGCCCUACGACGGCAACAAGUCCCAGCAACAACAGCAGCAGCAACAGCAACAAUUACAGCAGCAACCACAACUGCAACCGCAACUGCAGCUGGCUCCGCCGCAGCAGCAGCAACCACAUCAAUUGCCAGCCCAGCAACAGCAGCAGCAACAACAAUCACAGCAGCAGCAAUUGCCAGCAGCUUCGACUGCGAGUGUGCAUCAGCAAUUGCAAUCGCCAACUCCAGUGCCAGCGCCAACUGCUCCCCUUGUGACACCCGGCACCCUCUCCUAUUCGGCUGCCUCGGCUCAGGCUGUGCCUGCCGCUGUGGCAGCUUCGCCCGCCUCGGCAGCGGUCAAGCCGUUGAAGCCGGAGCCAACGCGUGCUGCACAGCUGGAUGAAUGGACCAAUAAAUAUGCCGAGUUUCUGACACGUCACAAAACCAAUCUGACGCCCAUCAGUCUACGGCCACGUGGUCUAACCAAUCGCUCCAACUACUGCUACAUCAACUCCAUAUUGCAAGCGCUUCUGGGCUGUGCGCCUUUCUACAAUCUGCUGCGGUCCAUACCCAAGCAGGCGGCGGUGUUGAGCGAGGUCAAGACACCCACCGUGAAUGCCAUGAUGUCUUAUAUGACGAACUUUUCCGCUUUGCCUGGCGGCUCACGUUUGCGUGUGAACAACAAGGCAGCUCAAAUAAAGGGCAAGGAUGAGUUUGCUGGCGUCGAUCUGCAGUGCGAUCUGGCUUUUGAGCCCACCGAGAUCUACAAGCUGUGGAACGACAGUCGCGAGGAGCAUGUCGAGGGCAGACAAGAGGAUGCCGAAGAGUUUUUGGGCUACGUUCUCAACAAGCUCAACGAUGAGAUGCUGGAAGUCAUUAAGCUGAUUGCCAAGCCAACUGCUCAGCAGAAUGGCGAGGAGCAGGAACAGGAGCAGGAGGAUGGAGGCGAUGUUUGGCAGAUGAUCUGCAACAAUCGCAACAAGGGAAGCGUCACACGCCAAACCGACUUUGGACGCACGCCACUCAGCGACAUCUUCCGAGGCGAGCUGCGUUCACGACUCCAACGCGAGGGCGAACACUCCACGGAUGUUAUUCAGCCAUUCUUCACGCUGCAAUUGAACAUUGAAAAAGCUGCUUCGGUUAAGGAGGCAUUGGAGAUACUGAUUGGUCGUGAUCAGCUUGAGGGUGUCACUGGCAGCAAAACCAAACAAGAGGUGGUUGCCUGGCAGCAAAUGACUCUCGAGAAGUUACCCGUUGUGCUCAUCUUGCAUUUGAAAUACUUUGACUACAGAUCCGAUGGCUGCACAAAGAUACUAAAGAAGGUUGAGUUCCCUGCGGAACUCAAAAUCGAUGCCAAGAUUCUUGGCUCGAAGAAGACGUCGCAGAAGCAGCGCGCCUAUCGCCUUUUCGCUGUCGUCUAUCACGACGGUAAAGAGGCCUCCAAGGGCCAUUACAUAACGGACGUGUUCCAUACCGGCUACAAUUGCUGGCUGCGCUACGACGACAGUUCGGUGAAACCGAUCAGCGAGAAGCAAGUGCUGCAGCCGCAUACGCCGCGUGUGCCUUAUCUACUCUACUAUCGCCGCUGCGAUACCCUGCCACCAGUGCAGCAGGCAAGCAACGGCGGCGGCAGUGGUGGCUCCUCAGCAGGCAACUCCAAUGCCCAUGCCCAUGGCCAUGCUCAUGGUCAUGGUCAUGCCACGUCCAAUGCCGCCUCCAACACCGCAGCUGCAAACUCAGCGAAUAACAAAUGAAACUAUGUUGUCAAAAAAGUAUAAUACUAGGCAUGCCACGUUUUGGUUUUCUAUGCAUGUACAAUUUAACAAUUAAACUAUAUUAUAUAUAUAUAUUAUAUUUAAAUGCCUAUAUUUAAGCCCGAAGUCCAAAGCGCAUGUAAGUGUGAAUGGUCGAUGUAUGUGUGUGUGCUGUUUGCGUGCGUGCGUGCGUGUGUGUGUAUCAUAUAAGACUUAAAAUUAAUGCAAAACUCCUAGCUAUAAGCAUUAGCCGUAGUCCUAAGUCGAUAGCAGCUUAGUUGUGCAACAAUGAAGAACAACAAAAAGUUCGUUUAAACGAAAUCUUUGUACAAAGGUAGCGCGUGCGUUAACUGAAACAGCGAGCAAAUGAUCACAUACAUACAAUUACAACUAAUUAGUUGCUAAUAUAGUUAAAGCAGCCAAUCUAUUAUCAGCAUGCCCAAUUUUCCUCCAAAAAUACAAAAGAAACUUUCUAAAUGGCACAAAGUUCAGUCGUGUGCAUUAUAUAUACAUAAAUAGUUGGUAGACCUUUUCGAUAUGACAAACAUUUAGAGCUCUAUAUGUACAUAUUCAUUAUAUAUAUAUAAAACAUAGUUAUAGGACAACUAGGAAUACCAUUUCUUUUGUAAUUGUUUAUGGAGCAUGCAGCAUGCAUUUAGGUCCCAGAGCAAACAAUCAGCUGUUUAUUGAGUAUAGUUCACAAUAUAUAUUGAAAUGCUUUGAAUAUGCUUUAAAAACAAGAAAACAAAAAAACAAAUCAAAUUAACAAAUACUUUUGUAUUCAAUACAAGACAAACAAACAAAACCCAUGGAAUAUGUAGGCAUUAUUUUGUGUAUAAGUCGGAAAUAAGUUAUCAGCAAACCAACAAUAGUAACGCCACUUACAUUUAUCAAAGUUUACGUUCAUUUCAUAAUUUAUUUCGUUUUGUUGUUUAGUUAGAAAACCAAUCAAUCACACAAAUCAUUGUACUUCAUCAUUUAUUUCGCUAUUCCUCAAAUUAUUUUCGCACCUCUAAUGAUAUUUUACUGUCUUUUGGCAAAACACAUAAAUUAGUUGAUAAAUAUUAGAUUUUUUUUUGUAACAAAGUAAAGCUAUAAAUUAUGUAAAUCAACUUGUCAAGUUUCAUAUUUCGUAAAGAACAACAGCUAAUCAAGAUUUCUAGUUGUUGCAUCUGUAGUUGCUAUAAGCAAACGAGCAUAUUACACAGAUACAUGCAUAUUUUUUAAUUUGUAAUGCUAUUAAUUAAUUCACAUACACUUACAAUAGUUAUAAAUAACGUGCCAAUGUUAAAAUUCGAUAAAAAAUUAUACAAAAAAUACAAAAAAAAAUGAAAUGAAUUCUGUGUUGUCGAACACACGAUUUGAGUGCAUUGUGUAGUCAGUGACUAAACGAAGAAAUAUGUUGUUAAACAAAAGAAAAAAAAAAAAAAAAUAGUUACGAAAUUUUGUUAAAUUAAGUUUGUAUUUAAUAAUAUUUGAUAUAAUUACGGGAAAAUCUAUAGAAACUGUGCUGUAAAUUGCUUGGACUACGAUUUAACAUCCACAUUUAAAAGUAACCUCUUCUGUUUGCUUCCUAAACUCCCAUGGGAAUACUUUACGAUAGCCAAAAAAAGCAAAUUGUUUGCCAAAAGCUUUGUUUAAAGUAUUCUUUGGAUGAUUUUCUGUUUAUACCUACUAAAAUUGUUAAUUAGGAAUUUCUCGAAAGCCAAGUCAAGAUGUCAGCGUAUUGAUUGUAAAAAUAAACAUAUAAACAGCAAAGUAACUUGAAUAGUUCAAGUGAUUAGUAGUUGUAUAUUAUAUAAUGAUACAUAUAUACGACAUAUUAUGUAUGUAUAUUAUAAAACAAUAAUAUAUAUUUUGAUGUUACACAUAUAUAUGAAUUAUUUGUAAGCCAAAUUAUAGCAAAACAUUUUUUUCUAUAGGAAUUUUACAGCGUCUGCGCUUUGCUAGUUACAAAUAGGUUCCUAAAAAAUGCGAGGAAAAUAACCCAACAAAAACAUACAAAAAAAAAACUAAGAAAUAUUAAAAAAAAUAAAUAGAAAUUAAAAGAAAAUUAAGAA